AUGUCGUACCCAACGCACGAACGUGAUUUGGAAAAGGCAUCUCGAUUGGAGGAUCUCCUGUCCAGACCCAUUCAUACAAAAUCUGUGGUUGCUAACCCUGCUCCUCUGGGGCUCAUGGGAUUCGCCUUGACGACAUUUGUGCUGUCUUGCCACAACGCUGGAGUGAUUAUUCCACAGAGUGCUCCUCAUACUGUCGUCACUGGUUUGGCUGCUGGCUACGGUGGAUUGGCGCAACUUCUGGCUGGAAUGUGGGAAUUCUCGACUGGAAACACUUUUGGAGCCACUGCAUUCUCGUCAUAUGGUGCAUUCUGGCUGUCGUUCGCUGUGAUUCAGAUUCCGGCCUUCGGUGUUCGUGCUGCGUUUGUGGCCAGCGAGUCUCUUGUCGACUACAAUGAAGCUCUGGGGCUUUGGCUGCUGGGCUGGACGAUUGUAAUAACCCACUAA